AGGCGAGGAGAGCGGAAGUGGCGUUGGUCUGGCCGGAGUCCUUUGGUGAAAUUGUUAGGCGUGGAGAGGGAGUGAUGUCUUCCAGACUCGGUGCUGUACCCACUUCGGGACCCACAACCUUUAAACAGCAGAGGAGCACGAGGAUCGUGGGAGCUAAGAAUAGCAGGACCCAGUGCUCCAUAAAGGAUAAUAGUUUCCAGUACACUAUUCCUCAUGAUGACUCCUUAAGUGGUUCAUCAUCUGCCUCUUCGUGUGAACCAGUGAGUGAUUUUCCAGCAUCUUUUCGAAAAUCUACCUACUGGAUGAAGAUGAGAAGGAUCAAGCCAGCUGCUACUUCUCAUGUUGAAGGGUCAGGUGGAGUAUCAACCAAGGGAAAAAGGAAACCCAGGCAGGAAGAAGAUGAAGACUAUCGAGAAUUUCCUCAGAAGAAGCAUAAGCUUUAUGGGAGGAAGCAACGGCCUAAAACUCAGCCCAAUCCCAAAUCCCAGGCUCGUCGCAUUCGGAAGGAACCACCAGUUUAUGCAGCAGGCAGUUUGGAGGAGCAGUGGUACUUAGAAAUCGUUGAUAAAGGCAGUGUCUCCUGCCCUACCUGCCAGGCAGUGGGGAGGAAGACCAUAGAGGGUUUAAAGAAACACAUGGAAAACUGCAAGCAGGAAAUGUUUACUUGUCAUCAUUGUGGGAAACAACUUCGUUCACUGGCAGGGAUGAAGUAUCAUGUCAUGGCAAAUCAUAAUAGUUUGCCCAUUUUGAAAGCCGGAGAUGAAAUAGAUGAGCCAAGUGAGAGGGAACGGCUCCGAACAGUUCUAAAGAGACUGGGAAAGCUCAGGUGCAUGCGUGAGAGUUGCUCCAGUAGCUUCACCAGCAUCAUGGGAUAUCUCUACCAUGUCAGAAAAUGUGGCAAAGGGGCUGCAGAGCUGGAAAAGAUGACCCUGAAAUGUCACCACUGUGGAAAACCAUAUAGGUCGAAGGCUGGACUUGCGUAUCACCUGAGGUCAGAGCAUGGGCCUAUCUCCUUCUUUCCAGAGUCAGGACAGCCAGAGUGCUUAAAGGAAAUGAACCUAGAGUCAAAGAGUGGAGGCCGAGUUCAGAGACGUUCUGCCAAGAUAGCUGUAUACCACCUGCAGGAGCUGGCCUCUGCUGAACUGGCCAAGGAAUGGCCCAAGAGGAAGGUGCUUCAGGACCUGGUGCCUGAUGAUCGAAAGUUAAAAUAUACUCGCCCAGGGCUACCUACCUUCAGCCAGGAAGUACUACAUAAAUGGAAGACAGACAUCAAGAAAUAUCAUCGUAUUCAGUGUCCUAACCAGGGUUGUGAGGCUGUCUACAGUAGUGUAUCUGGCCUUAAAGCUCACCUGGGCUCUUGUACAUUGGGAAACUUUGUGGCUGGAAAGUAUAAAUGUCUUCUAUGUCAGAAAGAAUUUGUGUCAGAGAGUGGUGUCAAGUAUCACAUCAACUCUGUCCAUGCUGAGGAUUGGUUCGUUGUAAACCCAACAACAACCAAAAGCUUUGAAAAGCUGAUGAAGAUAAAGCAGCGGCAGCAAGAAGAAGAAAAGCGGAGGCAGCAGCACAGGAGCAGAAGGUGUCUAAGAAGGCGGCAGCAGCCUGGCAUUGAGCUUCCCGAGACAGAGCUGAGUCUUAGAGUAGGGAAGGAUCAGAGGAGGAAUAAUGAGGAACUGGUAGUGUCAGCCUCCUGUAAGGAACCAGAGCAGGAGCCAGUGCCAGCACAGUUCCAGAAAGUAAAGCUUCCAAAGACUAAUCAUAAACGAGGAAGGAAAUAGGCAGUCAGUGUAAAAGCACUCUUAGGAAAGCAGAUGUGAUGCUGUUGUCACGGGGACCUGUGCUGGGAGGACUGAGUGAAGAUUCUUUCAGCUGUUUGUGUAAGGCUGUGACUUUCUCAGCUCCUUCCUCCUGUGUAAAUUUCAGUCUUCCCUUCUUCCACUUUGAUUCCCCCCUCCCCUUUUAGUAGGUUUUCCUGCUAUUCCUCGUGGAGUCCUCUUGUUUUUUUCUGAUCUUGCCCAAAGAGCUCCCUCUCAAGGCCAACUAUAGGCUCCUCUUGCUCUGUACAAAACUAAGAAACCUCUUUGGUUGUCCUUUCCUUCCUGGGGUAUAGAAUGUUCUUGGAAGCUCCAUUGAUUUAGUAGCUGCUCCAUCAUCUAGCUUGUGAAAUCAUUCCAAACUAAUUUUUUAAAACCAUAACUGAUUUAUCAUUUUGUAUUUGUGAUAUAACAAGUCUAGAAGCUAGAACUGUUUUAAUUCAUAUAAUAAGAUUACCCUGUCUCCUUGGGAAACAAACUUUAUGGUGGCUAUUUGUCCUCUCAAUAUAGUUUUAAGUAAAAAAGUAAGAAAAUGGAUUUAGGAUGAACUUCCCUAUGCUGUUUAUACUGGGAAAUGCUUUGUUUGUACCAAGUAGCAGUGACUAGACCCACAGACGUGAAAAGCAGCCUUAGGAGUAAUGUGUCCCAAACAUUAAAAUGACUGGAAAGAAAAAGUUAAAGCAGCAAUAAAUAUUGCCCCAACUUUCCUGGAGCCUGAGGCCUCAUCCAUUGCUGUGAUCAGUUGCCCUCUGAAGCUUAUUUUUGCUUCUUUGGUUUUAAGAAUUGAGAAAUAUCACAUUGUCCUUGACAUUUUGACAGUCUCCUAAUGCUCCUGGUAGUGUCACUAAGGGAAAACCAAGGUGCGCAUUCCUUCUUCCUGGACUUUACCUCACUUGUUAGUCUACACCAGGCGUCCCCACACUUUUUACACAGGGGCCCAGUUCACUGUCCC